AUGUCUGCAUCAAUUCAGUCUGGUGACCUCUUUGAUGUCAAAGGCUUGAUCGCCUUUGUUACUGGUGGUGCUACUGGGAUUGGCCUCCUGAUCGCCCAGGCGCUGGAGGCAAAUGGAGCGAUUGUAUACAUAUUCGGCCGUCGACAAGAGUCUCUGGAUCAGGCCGUCAAAACAGCUGUGCGCAUUCAUAAUGACCCCUCCCCAUCACACCACCUGUUCCUAUUUUCUUUUAAACACGGCAACAUUCACGCUAUUCAAGGCGAUGUGACGAACAAGGCAGAUCUCGAGAGGGCCGCCAAACAGAUCCAGUCUGUCCACGGUUAUAUCAACAUCGUGUUUGCUAAUGCCGGCAUCGGAGGCCCAUCACUGGCAGGGCUGAAGCCUGAGGCCAGUAUUGAAGAGUUACAGAAGCAUCUGUGGAACUGGGGGGCAGACGAUUUUACUAACACUUUUGCUGUCAAUGCUACUGGCGCCUUUAACACCGUGGCCGCCUUCCUGCAACUGCUUGACCAGGGCAACAAGCAAGGAAGUGUAUCACAGAAAAGCCAGGUCAUUGUCACAAGCAGCAUCGGCGCGUUCAACCGCAGACCGGGUCUGGGUUACGCAUACAGUGCCUCCAAAGCCGCCGUUACCCACAUCUUCAAGCAAUUGGCCACCACACUGGUUCCAUACGAUAUCCGGGCUAACAUCAUCGCACCUGGCUUUUAUCCGAGCGAACUGACGGCCAAGACACUUGAGGAGCGUGAGAAGACCGGUUGGCCCAAGAGUGUGGUCCCAGCCGAGCGCCCUGGAGAUGCUCAAGAUAUUGCAGGGACUGUGUUGUAUCUCGCUAGCCGAGCGGGUUCUUAUGUAAACGGGAAUGUCCUCGUAACAGACGGUGGGCGGCUCGGUGUAUUCCCUGCUACUUAUUAG